AUCUCUCCCCAGGACCCGCUACAUCAGCACCGAGCUGGGCAUCAGGCAGAGGCUGCUGGUGGCAGUGCUGACCUCACAGGCCACGUUACCCACUCUGGGCGUGGCCAUGAACCGCACGCUGGGGCACCGGCUAGAGCGCGUGGUGUUCCUGACAGGCUCUCGGGGCCGUAGGGCACCACCAGGCAUGGCUGUGGUAACUUUGGGCGAGGAGAGGCCCAUCGGCCACCUACACCUGGCACUGCGCCACCUGCUGGAGCAGCACGGGGACGACUUUGACUGGUUCUUCCUAGUACCUGACACCACCUACACCGAGGCUCACGGACUGGUGCGCCUAGCUGGCCGCCUCAGCCUGGCAGCUGCUGCCCACCUCUACCUGGGCCGGCCCCAGGACUUCAUCGGUGGAGAGCCCGCCCCGGGCCGCUAUUGCCACGGUGGCUUUGGGGUACUUUUGUCACGCACACUGCUGCAGCAGCUGCGCCCCCAUCUGGAAGGCUGCCGCAAUGACAUUGUCAGUGCGCGUCCAGAUGAGUGGCUGGGACGUUGCAUCCUUGAUGCCACUGGGGUGGGCUGCACUGGCGAACACGAGGGAGUACAUUAUAGCUACCUGGAGCUGAGCCCUGGGGAGUCCGUGCAGGAGGGGGACCCUCGUUUCCGCAGCGCCCUGACUGCCUACCCUGUGCGUGACCCUGUGCACAUGUACCAGCUGCAUAAGGCUUUUGCCCGAGCUGAGCUGGAACGCACAUACCAGGAGAUCCAGGAAUUGCAGUGGGAGAUCCAGAACACCAGCCGUCUGGCAGCUGAUGGGGAACGGGCAGCCGCUUGGCCCGUGGGCAUUCCAGCACCAUCCCGCCCAGCCUCUCGCUUUGAGGUGCUGCGCUGGGACUAUUUCACUGAGCAGCAUGCUUUCUCCUGUGCUGAUGGUUCGCCCCGCUGCCCUCUCCGGGGGGCUGACAGGGCCGAUGUGGCCGAUGUCCUGGGGGCAGCCUUGGAAGAGCUCAACCGCCGCUACCACCCAGCCCUGCAGCUCCAGAAGCAACAGCUGAUUAAUGGCUACCGACGCUUUGAUCCUGCUCGGGGUAUGGAGUACACGCUGGACUUGCAGCUGGAGGCGCUGACCCCCCAGGGUGGCCGCCGACCCCUCACUCACAGGGUACAGCUGCUACGGCCACUGAGCCGUGUGGAGAUCUUGCCUGUGCCCUACGUCACUGAGGCCUCACGUCUCACUGUGUUACUGCCUCUGGCUGCAGCUGAGCGCGACCUGGCCCCUGGCUUCCUGGAGGCCUUCGCCACAGCAGCUCUGGAGCCUGGUGAUGCUGCGGCAGCUUUGACCCUGCUGCUACUGUAUGAGCCACGACAGGCCCAGCGGGCAGCCCAUGCAGAUGUCUUCGCACCUGUCAAGGCCCAUGUGGCAGAGCUAGAGCAGCGUUUCCCCGGUGCCCGGGUACCCUGGCUCAGUGUGCAGACAGCUGCCCCAUCACCACUGCGCCUGAUGGAUCUACUCUCCAAGAAGCACCCACUGGACACGCUGUUCCUGCUGGCCGGGCCGGACACGGUGCUCACGCCCGACUUCCUGAACCGCUGCCGCAUGCACGCCAUCUCCGGCUGGCAGGCCUUCUUUCCCAUGCACUUCCAGGCCUUCCACCCAGCCGUGGCCCCACCACAGGGCCCCGGACCUCCGGAGCUGGGCCGAGACACAGGUCGCUUUGAUCGCCAGGUGGCCACUGAGGCCUGUUUCUAUAACUCUGACUAUGUGGCAGCCCGAGGGCGGCUAGCAGCGGCCUCGGAGCUGGAGGAGGAGCUCCUGGAGAGCAUGGAUGUGUAUGAGCUGUUCCUGCGCUUCUCCAGCCUGCAUGUGCUGCGGGCAGUGGAGCCGGCACUGCUGCAGCGCUACCGGGCCCAGACAUGCAGUGCGCGGCUCAGUGAGGACCUGUACCAUCGCUGUCGCCAGAGCGUGCUGGAGGGCCUGGGCUCCCGCACCCAGCUCGCCAUGCUGCUGUUUGAGCAGGAGCAAGGCAACAGCACCUGACCUCACCCGGUACCCCAAAACCCUGGCCUGGCGGUGCUUCUCCCCCAACCACCUGGAGUCACCUGUCGGCCUCCCUGGACAGGACUGUCCACAGCCUCAGACUCCAGGACAGCCCACUGGCCCUUUCUCUCUAGCUUGUGGGCCCUCGGGCUUAGGACAAGCCCUGUGGGAGGUGCCCUCAGAGCCACCCCUUCCUGUCCCAAACCCCUGCCCCUGACACUGCUGAUUCAAGCUGUGGCCGCAAUAUUUAUGUAGUGCAGUCUGCCUGACGCCAGGCCUUCCUCCAAGUCCUGGGGGCUGGGCUGUAGAUGACUUGUGGGAAUGGGGGAGCUGAGAGAGGAGCGUGGGGCAUCUCCUAGCUUCUCCCUUCUGGACCCCGAUGAAGCUCUCUGCCUUUAAUAAACUGGCUGAGUGUGGACCGCUGA